UCAAAUGACCAUGUUUCAGUUUGUUUACAGUUUACAUAAGUUUAAUAUACGAAGAUGCGAUAAAAUAAAUAGCUGAUCCGAUUUUGAAAUAGUACCAAUUGUAGAUCAUUUGUUAGACUUGUCUUAUUCUUAUGCUGCAUCGUUAAAUGGAUCAUACAAAUUUAAACUGCAUGAUGAAAAAUAUUUUGUAUACCAAAUAUGAAGAGGAAAGUGGAAAUUGAUAAAUGUAUAACACAUAAUUCUAAAAAGACACUUCAAGCAGAGAAGGAAAACAUAUUUUCAAAGUUCUCUCACAUUCCUUCAUCUUCAAAUUACAAAGGAUAUUCAUCAGAGACACAUUUAACAAAGAAUGUUUCAUCUGGAAUGAAAGAUUUAUGCGAGAACGAUAAGUUAAAAAAUAUGUCCACUCAAGAUGAAAUUUACAACAUGUCUGAAAGGAACAUAUGCCUUGAAAAGGCAACAGCUGUUAAAAAAGUACUAUGUGAUGAAUUAGAUAAAACACUAGAUGAUUUUCAGGAAUCCCAAAUAGAAAAGAAACAAAAAUUGAAGAAAAGAAAUGAUUACCCAGUAUUUGCAUGUGUUGUGUGCCAGUCUGAUAUAACUCAUUUAGAUAUCAAAGAGCGUACAAUUCAUAUCAAUCAAUGCAUUGAUGGCCAAUCCUCCACUGUCAUUCCUUCUCAAGAAACUGCAGAAGAAAGUGCUUUUAUAUUGGAUUGUCCAUUAUGUUUCAAACAUUUUCCCACCUCAGAGGUUCGAUGUACUCAUAUAAAAAAGUGUGGAAAAUCUCGAGGACUGAGUACUCAAAGCAUAAUUCAAGCUCUUCGACUGCAAGAAAAGCAUGUAUUAGAGAGAAGAGCAUUAGGACUUCCUUUAAAUAACAAGCCAACAAAACAACCUAAGAAGCCUGCUACAAAAAAAUUUCUCCUAAAACCGAAAAGUGCAAUGGAAUCUGAUAUACAUCUGGCUAAAGCAUUAUCAUUAUCUUUGAAAGAAAAUGAGAAUAGAACACAAGCAAAUUUUGAUUCAACUGAUUCUGAAGAUAGUCAACCAACUGCUAUUUUACAAGCUCCAUCAGAAUUUCAGAAUCCUGGCAAAUUUGUUCCAAAAAAGAAAACAUUGAAACCUACUCCAUUGUUAUUGUUGAGAAGUGAAGAAGAAAGGCAGAAGAUUAUUCUUGAGAAAGUGAAUUCUAUAAUAGCAUCAUCAAAUAAAUUAAAAAAUGAUGCUAUUGUUGAAGAUGUGAAACCUGCCACUUCUGAACAGAAGAGAACUUUUUUGUGGAAUUUGUGUGGUAGAAAGGAAGAUAAAAGAAUUUACUAUGUGGAACAAUUACUAGACUGGAUUUCUCCAUCUGAUGUUGAAGUUGGCAGCAAGUUAUGUAAUUUGUCACAAAUAGCAGGGCAUCGCAUUUUCACACAACUGCCUUGUGAUUAUACAUUUAGUUUUGCAGACAAAAAGGAUGAUGACGGUGACGUUCAGGAAGAUAGCGAAGAUUCGUCUCUAAUCAAAUCUCUUCGCUCUCUGAUUGGUAAUAAUUGGAUGAGUGAUAUUGAUAUACAUACUGCAAGUGGAAUUGUCAUUCCUGCUCACAAAUUAUUUUUAGCUUUGAGAUGUCCUUUAUUGAAAAAUGCAUUUGAUGAACCUGUAACUGGUGGAAGGCAUGUUCUGCAUUGGGAAAAUACAUCUUUUGAUGCUGCUCUGCACUUUUUAAAUUUCAUUUAUACUGGCUCGGCUGAGUGGAAAGAAGAUAUAAUCGAUGAACUACAUCAGCUGGCAGUAAAGUAUGAAGUCCAUGAUUUGCUCAAUAUAUUAGAUAGUAAUAAAGAAACUUUGGAAAUGUUAAUUUGUGAAGAUACUAAAGAAAAUAUUGAAGACUCUGUGAUGGAUGCAACAAUUCCAUCAAAAGGAGAUAUUGUUCCAUCAGCUGAACAUAAACAUGACUUGAAUGAAAAUUAUAGAAUUGCUAAUGAAAGUGCUAAAAUAGAAUGUCAAAAUGCAAAUAAUGGAUAUUUUAAUGAUAAGGAUGCAUCAAAUGGAACUGUAUGUACAAAUUCUAAAAACCUGAAAAAUGUAGUUCUAGAUCAAGAUGAAGUAGUUUGUAUACAGCAUACUGAAAUUGCAAAGGAUAUGAUGGAUUUAGAAAGUAUUUCAGCAGAAAGAAACCAUAAUGGUGAAGAUAUUUUUAUCUUAAAUAAACAUAGUGCUUCUUGUGUUGAUAAAAAUGAUUCAAUAUAUAAUUUAAAUUUGGAAAAUUGUGAUGCAGAUAGUAAUUCCUCUGAUGAUUCUUGUAAAAUUCUGAAAGCUAACAUAUCUUCAGAAUCUAAAACAUCAUUUGAUGCAUAUCAGGAAGAAGUUAUUAAUAUUGUGCGUUCAAAAGUGCCUCAUGCAUCAGAAGAAUCAGCAUAUAGCACAUCUUUAUAUACCACUUCUUCAAAAACCUCUGUAGAAAAUGUUAAUCCAUCCUUUGAAAAGUCUAUCAAUUCCAGUAAUAUGCUUUCUCCUAAAAUAUCACCAUAUACAUUUCAUAAAAACAUCUUAAAUGAAUGUAUUUUUUCUGAAAUAUACCCUUUCAGUGUAGUAAGAAAUGCAAUUUCACCAAGUUCAGUUUCUCCAUUUUCUAAAACUGAAUUCAAGGUAGGAUCUACAGAAAAAAAAUCUGAUUCCUUGUCAUAUUUCAAAAUUGAAAAAGUUAAUGAAGCUGUUAUUACAUUAGAAGAUGAAUGCAAUGAACCUGGAAAAGAAACAAAUCAUAGCUCUUUCUUGAGUAAAAGUUUAUCUACGAACAAUUCUGAAAAUAGGAUAUUUUCUCCACGAAAAAUUUCACCAUGGAAAUCUUCAAAUUUGAAAUCCCCUUCAUUUAAUGAUUUGGAUGUUAUGCGAAGUCAAAAUAUUUCUGUUGAAAACAGAAGUAGUUGUGAACAAAGAGAGUUGCAUGUUCAACAUUCUCUUUUAAAGAGUUGUACUUUCUCUCCUGAUUUUUCUAUAUUUUCCAAUAAUAAAGAAAGCCCUUUGAAAUAUUCUCCAUCAUCUCCUAUAGCUAGACCAGAAAUAAGUAAUUAUAAUAAAGAUAAGAGUUUCAAAAGGAACCUUGAACAGAGUUUAUACGAUGAUGUAUACCCAAUGAAUUCUCUUUCAUCACCAGAAAUACUUAUAUGUGAUUCUGACAAUGAAUUUGAGCCAAUAAUUGAAAAGAGUUCUUUAAAUAAAACUGAAUAUGUUCUUGAAAAAAGUCACACUUCUAAUAAUGAAAUGGAAGCAGUAUUAUAUAAUGAGAAUUAUGAAACAUCAGAUUCAGUUUUUGCUUCAAAUGGUAAGAAAAACAGUUUUUCAUCCAUCAAUGAAAAAUUAUUAAUGCCAGAAAUCAUUUGUUGUAAUUCUGACUCUGAUAAUGAUGUAGAUGUCACUUUAAAACUUCAUUCAACUCAUGAGAGGAAUAAUAUCAAUUUUGACAAAAAUAGAGAUUUAAAUGAAUCUAAAUUCAAUGAAUGCAAUAGAUUUUCAGAUAAAGAUGAAAAUACUUCUGAUGGUACUAAUACAAAUAAUCCUGUAUUAGAUGUAAUUGAUUGCUGUUCUAAUUCUAAUGAAAAUAUAGAUGUAAUAGAACAACUACAAUUUUCAAGACAAACAGUAUGUAAAACAAAAGAAACUACUUCUGAUGAUGAUGAUGAAUGCUUUAAAUUCAUUCCAUUAUCUGAACGUAUUGAAGCAGCAAAGUCGAAAAUCAACUCAUGUAAAACUGUGGAAGACCUAGCACCAUCAUCACCUGAAAGUCCAUGGAUUUUCCAAACAGAUAAACUUUGUGGUGUCAGACCUCUAGAAAAGGAUCCAAAUGUAGUAAAAAGCUCUGCACAUGCUUCACAGCAGAUAUGUGAUACAACACCAAACCGUCUGCCAAAAAGAAGCAAAAGCAAAAGUUUAACAGCUGGAAAUCAAACUGAAAAAAGUAAUUCUGCAGUGGUAAUAAAUGGUUUGCAACCGAAAUUCAAAAUCUCUGAUUCCCCAGUUACACCAUUACCAGAUUAUAAAAGUAUGAUGACACCAGAUUUGAAGCAAGCCUUGAAAAGAGUUGGUGUGAAACCUUUACCAAGACAAAAAGCUGUUGCAGUUCUUUCUCAUAUAUACAAUGAAACUCAUCCAUGGAAUGAUGAUCAAUCUGGUGAAAGUUUAGAUUCUCAAACUCAGACCUCACAAAAAAGUACAAGCCAUAAAAAAAAUUUAUCUCUGCCUAAAAAACGGAAACAAACGAAUGAAAAAUCUGAUCAACCAUCUAAGAAAACUGUGAAGUCACAAUCAAAGAAAAUUACUCAAGUGAAUGAAGCAACAGCAAAAACAAGCUCUGAAUCGAACAAACCUUCCAAUACCAAACAAUCUUCAAGUCCAGCACAAACUUAUUCAUCAGAAACCAAAACAUCAUCACCAGAUAUUACCAGCAGCCCAGAUGGAUCAAAUAAUUCUAGGGAAAACUACUACAAUUUAUCAUCAGAUUUCAGUGACAGCAGUCAACCAGAUUCAAAAGAAAAUGUAAGAAAUGUUACACAAUAUAUCAUGUCUAAUGAUGACCUUUAUAAGAAAAUUUUAACCUAUUCACCCUUAAAUUUAAUGGAAUUUCAGCAUGAGUUGAAGGAGAAUGGAAUAUCUGUAAGUGUUCAAAAACUGAUGGACUACUUUGAUGAGCAGUGCAUUACAUUUACAUGUCCAAGAAGUGAAGUAUAUAAAAGAAAACAACAAGCUCGCACACAACGAUUUAGAAAACGCAUGAUUGCAAAAAUGUCUCAACAGAAAAGUUAAAAAUGCAUUCAAGUAUCUUUUGUAUAUCUACUUAUAUGUACAUAUGAUCAGAAAUUUUACCCGAUUUAUAUUUAUUAAAAUAUAUUUUUAUACAUCUUGCUUUAAUAAAUUUUUCAUUGUUAAACAGAAAUACAAAUAAAAAAUUAUGUUACAUCAAGUAUAGUGUGUAUAAGGCAAUUUAAAUUAAAAGUGCUUUGCAUCUUGUUUUAAAUUUCCCACAUUCUUAAAAGGCAAAAUCUGGCAACCAUUUCAGAGUUUAAAAAAAUUUAGAUAUG